AUGUAUCAUUUAGCAAAGGGAUUAUAUCGAUACGCUACUAGUAAAGAGGAAUACUCCGUCCUCCUCCUUGGUCUCGACAAUGCAGGCAAAACUACCCUCCAUACUCAAAUCAAAUCCCUUUAUUCCCCGCAUGACCCCUCCCCCGCAGAUCCGUCACAACUAAAGACUGUCCCCACCGUUGGUCAAAAUGUCUCCACUAUCGUUCUUCCAGAUAUGUAUUUAAAGAUCUGGGAUAUAGGUGGUCAACACUCUUUGCGCAAAUUAUGGCAAUCAUACUACACCAGUUGUCAUGCCAUUGUUUUCAUAAUCGAUAGUACGGAUAUUGGUUCUGGUGAUCUUGCCGAUCUUGAUUCUGAUUCUGAGAAUAAAGAUGUAGGGAGAUUAGAGGAAUGUAAAUUGGUAUUGGAAGAUGUGUUAAAAAGUGUGGAAACGGAAGGGGUACCUGUGUUGGUAUUGGCGAAUAAACAGGAUAGAGAGGAUUGUGUAGAAGUAGUGAGGAUUAAGGAAGGAUUGGUGAAAAGGGUUUUUGAGGGAGAAGGAGGUGGUGGGAUUAGGGAUAGUAGGGUUUUACCAAUUAGUGCGUUAGGAGGAACAGGUGUGAGGGAAGCGGUUGAGUGGGUAAGAAGUAGAGUUGUUUGGAAUAGGGAAGGAAGACCACCUGUUAUGCGAUAG